AGAGACAUCCUCAAAAAAUAUUUUAGAAAAAAAAAGCAAUCCCAGGAGGCAGAUGCUGCGGCGCCUGGCCGGCGGAGCCGCCACCGUGCGUUCGUCGUCGGCAGCGGCGGCGUUCCGGCGGCUGCUCCACACCGGUAGCGGAGGCGGAUGCGGUUCUGGCGAGACGGAGAGUGUGGCAUACCGCAUGUCGAUGCUGCGGCGCCCCUCUUCCGUCGGGAAGAAGGGGCUCACCUGGAACUCGUGCAGCCUCAUCGGCCGCCUCGCCGCGCCGGUGACGCCGUACGAAGGUAGCUGCGAAGACGACCCCGUGGCGUACACCUUCCUCUCCGUCUCCCCCUCGUCGUCCGCGGCCUCGAGCUCUUCCAACUUCAGGGUGACAUUGCAGUUGAAGGGUGAGCUGGCGAAUGUUAGCCUGAAGCAUUUGAAGCACAGUGACCUUGUUUACGUAUCAGGUCAUCUUAGCUCUUAUCAUAAAGUCAGUCCAAGUGGUGAACGGUAUAUUUUCUAUAAGAUUUAUGCCAACGAGCUGAAUUAUGUACUAGAUCAAAAUAAGAAGCUUCAAAAUGAUGCAGACGCAAUAGAUCCAACAUCAAUGCCAUCUGUCACCCCUCAAAUGCUAAAAGAGAACAAGUGCAUAAACCGGCUUCGCUUGUGGCAUGUCUUCUUUGCCAACCCUUACGAAUGGUGGGACAACCGGCAAUCCAAACUGCAUGUCAAAUCCCCUGAUUUCCAGCACAAGGACACCCGCGAGAGAAUAUGGCUUCGUCCAGAUGACCCUCCCUGGGUACGUAAGCAGCUUGAGAUUCAUGACCUGGAAAGAGCAGAGAAUGGUCACAAAGGAAAUGGUCGACUGUUAAAAGAUCACAAUUGGAAACCCCAAGAUUUUGACUACUGUGAUGAUGAUGAAGUACAGUAUUCCGCUGAAGCAUGAGGAAGAAAUAGGGACUGCGCUUUUCUUUGUCCGAUGACCUUACUGAAUUGUAUAUGUCGUAUACUUUGUAGUUAGGUUGUGGAGUUUUUAACAUAGCUAAUUAUUGGCUAGUGUGUAGUUUGUAAUUGGUUGUACCUGUAUGAUGAGGUGCAAAUGUGAAAGGCAAACCUCAACAGUCAAUGGAACAUCUACAUUUUAGUGGAGGCACUAAAAGAUAUAUAUUGUCAUAACUUAAAGGAUGCCCCCAUAUUGAUUG